AGUUUGUGUGCUGUCUUCCGAACAGAACAAUGCCAAGGAUUGUUGUUUGGCGCCUUUGCGAGGCCGGUAUUUUCUAAUAAAUUGCGUUAAAAUCGUUGCUGUAAGUUAAAAGUGCAAAAUAGAAGACCAUAAUCGUAAAAUGGGAGAUAAAGGUGACGGAGAAACGUUCGACGAUGCGGUGGAGGAGCGCGUCAUCAACGAGGAGUACAAGAUUUGGAAGAAGAACACACCGUUCCUGUACGACCUGGUGAUGACACACGCUCUAGAGUGGCCGUCGCUGACCGCGCAGUGGCUGCCGGACGUGACCCGGCCGGAGGGCAAAGACUACUCGGUGCACAGAUUAAUCCUUGGUACACACACAUCGGAUGAACAGAACCACCUCCUCAUAGCUAGUGUUCAGCUCCCUAAUGAAGAUGCACAGUUUGAUGCCAGUCACUAUGACAAUGAUAAAGGAGAAUUUGGAGGCUUUGGUUCAGUAUCAGGUAAAAUAGACAUAGAAAUCAAGAUCAACCAUGAGGGUGAAGUAAACAGGGCUCGCUACAUGCCCCAGAACCCCUGCGUGAUCGCCACCAAGACUCCAUCCUCCGAUGUGCUGGUUUUUGACUACACUAAGCACCCCUCCAAGCCUGAGCCUUCAGGAGAAUGCCAUCCAGAUCUUAGAUUGCGCGGACACCAAAAAGAAGGCUAUGGAUUGUCAUGGAACCCCAUACUUAAUGGAUACCUUCUCUCUGCUAGUGACGACCACACAAUCUGCCUGUGGGACAUCAACGCCACCCCCAAGGAGGGGCGCGUGAUCGAGGCCAAGUCAGUGUUCACCGGCCACACGGCCGUCGUGGAGGACGUGGCCUGGCACCUGCUGCACGAGUCGCUCUUCGGCUCCGUCGCCGACGACCAGAAACUCAUGAUUUGGGACACCAGGUUAUUAUCCAACAACACGUCGAAGCCCUCGCACACGGUGGACGCGCACACGGCCGAGGUGAACUGCCUCAGCUUCAACCCCUACUCCGAGUUCAUCCUGGCCACCGGUAGCGCUGACAAAACGGUGGCGUUGUGGGACCUUCGUAACCUGAAACUCAAGCUCCACUCGUUCGAAUCUCACAAGGAUGAGAUCUUCCAAGUGCAGUGGUCGCCUCACAACGAGACCAUCCUCGCCUCCAGCGGCACUGAUCGCAGACUGCACGUAUGGGACUUGUCUAAGAUCGGCGAGGAGCAGACAGCGGACGACGCUGAAGACGGUCCCCCGGAGCUGCUGUUCAUCCACGGCGGCCACACCGCCAAGAUCUCUGACUUCUCAUGGAACCCCAAUGAGCCCUGGGUCAUAUGCUCCGUCUCCGAGGAUAAUAUCAUGCAGGUGUGGCAGAUGGCGGAGAACAUCUACAACGACGAGGAGCCAGAGACGCCCGCCUCCGAACUCGAGUCCGGCGUCAACGUCAACCACGGCUAAACGUCACUAGUCGCCAUGGCAACCGUAUCGCUACCCAACGAGGUACAUUUCUGGUUUCAAUGUGUCUUCUCUGCGGCGCGACGGCGUCUACCUUCAGGACUUAACCCCUAGGACGUGUCCCGUAUCCGUCACACACAAUCUGGAGUUUAAUUAACAAGAGAGGUCGGCAGGGGUUAAUCUGUCAUUAAAUUUGUCAAUAGAAAACAUAAACAUGUCACACUAGUCUCGAUGUCAACCUUAUAGCUACGGGAUAACGUACGUUUUUGGUUUCUUAUGUGUCUUCACUGCAGCACGUUUGUUUGUGAACCUUCAGGCGUUAUAAUUAUCAUUUCUUCAAUGGAAAAUUAGUUGUACUGUUAGGGCACUGUAGAUAGUAGAAUCCAAUCUUAGGCGCCUAUUGCAAUUUUUUUUCAAUUCAUUCACUUUGAUUUUUUGUGUCUACAAUGUCUAUGCCACUGUUCGUAUACUUCUAUGUGUUUGAAAAGAAAAGAGGUUUGAGGAUUAUUUGUUGUGGAGAGAGGAAGCGUGAGGCUGACACGGAAAGAGUAUAAUUUUUUAUCGGAAAUAUCUGAUCAGUGGCAUAAGUGUUUUUCUGUUGAUACUGAAAAUUUAAUUUACUUGCUCGUUUUAAUUAAAUUAUUUACUACUGAAACUAGUAAGACGUUGUUCACAACAUCGUGCUAGCAAAGUCCGCAACACCAUUCUGGAUUGUUUCAAUUUUGUUUGCGAUGUUAACGUCUGACACGAGUAUAUCGUGAAGUGUGUUGCGGGCAAAAUAAAUAUGCAAAACUGCGGCAAAAUAUUUGAUACGACACCUUCAUAUCAAAACUGACAAAACAAAUUGGACGUUUGAACAAAAAAUGUACAUGAAUAUGCACGCUUUAUGUCGAUGUAGUUAUCUUUAAAAUGAGAUGUUAGUGUGUAAAACAAUGAAAAAAUCAAAUUUGUUGUGUGUAUUGUUGUAAUUAUUUAUGUAUCGAGUCGUGCGUCGGGACUUUGUAAAGUUCAUUUUAUGUGAUUCUAACAAAAGGAAUUUUUGGAACUUUUAAUGCGAAAGUUGACACCAAGAAUGCAUUUUAAACUAUGGUCCUUGUCACUUUAAAAUAAUGUGUAAAAAAUAUAAGUCAUUUUUAAUAAUAAUUAUAUAUUUAUGGCGCGUCGUCGUAAACCUGUCAUAUUGCACGAUAGUUGAUAAAGGAUUGAGCUGUAGAUCACACGAUUCAAAGGGUUAAAACAAUUAAGUUUGUUUUUACAUAUAAUCCAAAUGACAUAAAUGUCUUUCCAUUUCAAAGAUACAAUCUAUUCCAAAUUAAAAUCAAAUCAAAAAACGAGUAACUACUAGUUAGAGUAGACUAUGGUUUAGAAGAUUAGAUAGCUAGUUAAUAUUUGCUAUAGUUUGAAAGUAAGUUAUGUUGGUAUCAAUU